AUGGAUUUCAGCAACUUUUCAAAGACAAAUUCACCUUCUUCUUCAUCAAAAACCAGAAGAAAACAAAACCAGCAGCAAAACCAGCCACAAAAUGAAAUACGAUUUCUCGGAGUAAGAAGAAGGCCAUGGGGGCGAUAUGCAGCCGAAAUAAGAGACCCCACAACCAAAGAGCGCCACUGGCUGGGCACUUUCGACACGGCCGAAGAGGCCGCCUUAGCCUAUGACCGCGCCGCCCGCUCCAUGAGAGGCUCCAAAGCUCGCACGAACUUCGUCUACUCAGAUUCUCCCCCUGGCUCUUCUGUAACCUCCAUUAUCUCCCCUGAUGAGUCUCAGCACGACCUCGCUUCUGUCUUUCUUCCCCCGAAAAACGAUAACAAUGACAGUAGCCAUGGCCAACACUUCUUUAACUCGUCUUCUUCUCCAGAACAUGGCGUCCAGCCGUUUAAUCUCUCGUUUGGGGACGAUCAAUGGCUGCAAACAGGGGAGUCUUACAAGCCGAUAACUUGCGUGAUGGACGAAGCAGAAGGGUUUCAUUCGCAGCCAUUUAGAGAUGACUGCGAGCUGCCGCCGUUGCCGCCGGAUGUGUCGUCAAGCUCGAACUACGUGAUGGGAGGAGGGUAUGGCUAUGGGGGGUGGAAUGAGACGACGACGAGCUUCAUGGGGGGUCAAGGAAAUAUGGAGCAAUACAAUGUCGGGGGUGUUUUUCAAAACAAUGAAAGUAACGAGGGCUUUUUUGGAACGGACACCAGCGAGUUUAUUCAACAUGGAAAUUCAUAUUUGGGAACGGAUAAUGGAGGGUCUGAUUUGGGAUCUUCUUCCUCGUCAUCAGCUUAUUUCUUUUAA